AUUAUAAUGAGAUAAUUAAUUUAAUAGAAACUUGCUUGACUUUCACUUUCGAUUUCUCUUGUAGUCUUUCAGAUAAAAACCUCAGCUUUGAAAAUUUCCCCAAAUAUUUAGGGUUUGUAAUUUCCUUUUAGUUUCCUCCCAAUUCAACACUCAGUUAGGAAAUAAGUCAUUCACAAUUGUCUGAAGGAAUUUGGAAGGAAUGCAACCAAAGUCCAAAAGUUCAAAUCAAUUGGAACCUGAUCCACAUGGCAUUCCACCAAGGUCUUAUUCUGAACCUUGGUGGCGUAAUGUUGGAUAUAAUACAAUCCCACCAGCUGGGACUGGGGUAAAUCCAUCUAAUUCAUCUUCAAUGGAAGGCCUUAAUGGUUCAGAGUCAAAUGAUGGCUUGUCGAUGUCUGAUGAUGAAGUGGAUGAGGAAGAUAAUGAUGCUAACAAAGAAUCACACAAUGCUGCAUCUUCACAAUCAGUUCGACAAGAGCACCAAAACAUGCAGCAAGGUGCAUCAACUGUGCCUACAAUGCCUGAUGAAUGCUUCCAAAAGCCUUCACAGCUUGAACUUGUGGGUCAUUCCAUUGCAUGUGCAUCAAAUCCUUAUCAGGAUCCAUAUUAUGGAGGAAUGAUGGCAGCUUAUGGACAUCAAAUUGUGGGUUAUCCUCCUUUUGUUGGAAUGCCUCAUGCUAGAAUGCCUCUACCCCUUGAGAUGACCCAAGAACCUGUUUAUGUGAAUGCGAAGCAAUACCAGGGGAUUCUAAGGCGAAGAAAGGCACGGGCCAAAGCUGAGCUUGAAAGGAAGCUGAUAAAAGGGAGAAAGCCAUAUCUUCAUGAGUCUCGACACCAGCAUGCUAUGAAAAGAGCAAGGGGUACUGGAGGACGCUUUGCAAAGAAAACUUCUGGUGAUGAUUCCAAGGGCACAGGUGAAGAGAAGGGUAGUGGUUCAGCACCAGUUGGUUCAUCUCAGUCUGGAAGUUCAUCAGGAUCUGAACCCUUGCCAUCUGACUCUGCUGAAACCUGGAACACCUCCACUAGUCAACAAGAUGCAAGAGGGUCCCAGGUGCAUGACACACAUGAUGCUAUAAAUCAUGUGAAUGGCAAUGGCCGCUAUCAGAACAAUGGUGGCAUGCAGGCAGCGCUAUACCAUUCACACCUAGGCAACAGAGCGGAUGAUGGAGACUAUUCAGGCCAGCAAUGGGGAAGCAUCUCAUCAAACCAGGCUUCACAGAGGCCUCUUGCCAUUCAGUGAAACGCUGUGGUUAAGGUGGGCACUAAGAUGUAGGAUCUAGACCCCACUGAUAUAAUAUAGAGAAGGGUUACUACUCUUGGCAACCCAUUGCCAGGCGGGCAAUUCAUCCUUGGCUUCGUUCUUUCGCAUGGAUUGUAGGAAUGAAUGCUUCUUUCAUUAUUUCCAUCUUUUGUUCUGUAGAGUAAUAAUGUUGAAUGAAACUCAAAUAAGUUUUACCCUCUUUGCUUUAAUAUGUGCUGACAGUGUUAAUGGGGUGACAGCAUUGACUUGAUUAGUGUGCCAUUGCUGGUGACUUAGACAAAUUGCUUUUCUGCUUCAGGAGUUUGAGCUAUUACAAAAGUCUUUAGAUGUGUUUUUCCAA